AUGGCAGGUUCUUCGCAACUGCUACCCGAGACUAUGAAGUCGUGGGUAGUGGUGAAAACGAUACUUGCAGUUUAUGAAAAGAUUCCCACCCUCCUUCCUUUUCGCCGACGGCCCAUCCCGGGCUUGGACUUUUGUGGAGAGGUUGUAGCGCUCGGCCCUUCCGCGGCAGCCGUUGCAGCCGCGAACGGGUUAGAAGUCGGCACGGUCGUGUGUGGCGCCAUCCCCGCCUCCAGCAUCGCUAUUGGCGUUGGUUCGUUCGUUCAAUAUCUCGCUGUCGCAGCUGACAUCCUUGUGCCGAAGCCUGUGAACCUGUCUGAGCCCGAGAGCGCGGGCCUGGGUAUUGCAGGCCAAACUGCCGUGCUUGUGAUGAAAGAAGCAGCAAUAGAACCAGGCAAUCGGGUAUUGAUCAACGGCGCUAGUGGUGGUGUUGGCACCCUACUUUGCCAGAUGGUAGCUGCUCAGGGAGGCCGCGUUACGGCGAUAUGCUCGGGACCCAAUGCGGGACUUGUCAAGAGACUAGGGGCGGUCGAGGUUAUCGACUACACGCUAAACAGCCCCGUCUACUAUCAUCUUGAGACAGAGUAUGGAGACAAUCCAUUCGACGUCAUAAUUGACUGCGUCGGCAACCAGUUUCUUUAUGAUAUGUGUGAAGCAUAUCUCAAACCCACGGGGAUAUUCCUCAACAUCGUCGGUGGAGCUAGUGAAGGGUACAAGAUACUAGCCCUAAUGCCGAGCGGCCAGCUCCAGCGUGAAAUCGUCCGUUAUGUGAACGAAGGCCUUGUGAAAGAGGUCGUCAUCGAUUCCGAGUAUGAAUAUGCAGACGCCAUCAAGGCUUAUGAAAAGCUUGAAACGAAGAGAGCCAAGGGCAAGAUUAUUCUCAAGGUGGCGGUUUAA